AUGCCGGCCAUCACCAAAGCUGAGAAUGGUCCGGGAGGCCUUUGGAAACAUCAUUCUUCUUAUGAGAGUAGUGGAUUUCUGACAGAGCGACGACAGGUUGAAGAACCAAGCGGUCCAUUACCCCCAGUGUCGCCAGCACCGCCAAAUUCUGAAGUUCCAUGUUCUGGAUGGGGGUGCCUUAGUGAAGCGCAGCAGGCUGGGGUCCUCGUGACCAUUGUUGUGGUCUUUCUCUCGCUCUUCCUCGGUCUACUAUUCUUUCUACGAUCCAAAAAGAAGCAGGAGAACUGGAUUGAUGGUGAUCUCGUCCUUGUUCGACAGAGACGCCGCCCCAGAGCCAGAAGCCAAGCGACCUCUAUCAACUCAAAAGGUCCACGAUUUUUCUUCAGACAUGAGGGACUGACGGGCACACAGCAACCUCACCAGCUCAUGAUCACUCAUCCAACAAUUCUUCAUAUCCCCCCCCCUCCACCUCUGCCAGUCCCGGUUCCCCUCCCAAUGCCUAUGCCAUUGCCGGUGCCAUUCCAACAACCUCAACCGAUUUACCCUUAUCCGAUGGCUUACCAGACACAUCAAUAUCCUUCGAUGCAGACGCAGGCACCUGGCCACCAUCAGGGACACUCUGCGAUGUCAGGGUCCCCUAUCAAUGUCCAGCACCAACAACGACCGCAGCCCUAUUCUCAAGCCCAGAAACGCGCUCACCAUCGAUGGAGUCAGAUGCCCGACCACCAGCAGACUCAGCAGCGCUCUCAACAGCCAUCGCGAAGAAGGCCGUCGCUUACCCGAAGGCUCUUCAGCCUGUUUAAUAAUCCAGUCGGUAGAGCGUCAACCAUUGCCAGCUCCGAAUCCGACUCAACUCGAGCGCCGUCCAUAAGGAGUAGCCAUCACUCGCGGACUUCGGCAACUUCGAUCAUCACCCCCCCAUCUCCAGAAGCGCGAACCAAAAAGAAUGCAACCGAUGGAACAAACGCAACGAGACAGAAUGAGGUGUCCCCCGCUGUGGCAACUGUCCAAAGUGACGACUACGUCGCGACUGCAACUUUGCGGAACGGGUCUCCUGAACGCCACAAGCCUGAUUCGGUUCUGUCGGCGCCAGCCAACUUGAGUAGCAAAGUCCAUCAUGAGGCGCGAGGGAAGGCCACAACAACCGAGUCUCCGAUGAAGAAACGAGACAAUGUUGAGUCUGAUAUUGCAAAGAUGUAUCCGAUUUCCAUCCCAGUCUGCCAAGUCGCGGAGAGUAUUGGAACCAGCCAUAGUCUUCCCAACGUCAAGCCCCUCAAAAGUGCCCUAAAGAAUGGAAAUAAACCAAUCAUAGGAGCCAGAGGAGGCAACGUGAGCAAUGAUCAGAAGCUCUCGACUAAAGCAGACACUAGAAGAGACCAACGGGAGAAAUUCGUCGACAAACGCAGCCCCAAGGAGACAGCCCACGAGGUUAGACAUAAUCAUCCAGACGUCAUGGAACUCAAGGACUUCGGUGAGCUACAUGAAGCGGAAUCUCAAUAUUUUAGCAAACUUGUGCUGACUGGUCUUGAGAUCCUGCGUCUCUUGCUCCGAUGCUACGGGGAGCAAUGA